GUUUCCUCAUUGACGCGCCUGCGCAGUGCCGACGUGUCGUUCCUCAGCCUGCUCGCCGCCGCCGGCACGAUGGUGCUAGACCUGGACCUGUUCCGCGCCGACAAGGGCGGGGACCCCGGCCGCGUGCGGGACACGCAGAUCAAGCGCUUCAAGGACCCGGCGCUGGUUGACGCGCUGGUGGAGGCGGACGGGGCGUGGCGGCGAUGCAGAUUUCGUGCAGACAACCUGAACAAACUGAAGAACCUGUGCAGCAAAACGAUAGGUGAGAAGAUGAAGAAAAAAGAGCCUGUGGGCGAUGAUGAGUCAGUACCAGAACAUGCACAAAAUCUUGAUGGCCUCACUGCCGACAUCUUAGCGGGUCUUCGGGUAAGCCAGAUUAAGAAAGUCCGUGUUCUCAUUGACGAAGCCAUCCUGAAGUGCGACGCCGAGCGCGUGAAACUGGAGGCAGAGCGGUUUGAAAGCCUCCGAGAAAUUGGAAACCUCCUCCACCCCUCCGUGCCCAUCAGCAACGACGAGGAUGCAGAUAACCGAGUGGAGAGGAUCUGGGGAGACUGCGCGGUGAGGAAGAAGUACUCCCACGUGGACUUGGUGGUGAUGGUGGAUGGCUACGAGGGAGAAAAGGGGGCCAUAGUAGCUGGAAGCAGAGGGUACUUCCUGAAGGGUGCCCUGGUUUUCCUUGAGCAGGCACUGAUCCAGUAUGCUCUGCAGACCCUGCUCAGCAAGGGAUACACCCCUAUUUACACACCCUUCUUCAUGAGGAAAGAAGUGAUGCAGGAGGUGGCUCAGCUUAGUCAGUUUGAUGAGGAGCUUUACAAGGUCAUUGGCAAGGGCAGUGAGAAAUCAGAGGACAGCUCCAUUGAUGAGAAGUACCUGAUUGCUACCUCUGAGCAGCCAAUUGCAGCUUUGCACAGGGAUGAGUGGCUGAAGCCGGAGGAUCUGCCCAUCAGAUAUGCUGGGCUGUCCACCUGCUUCAGGCAGGAAGUUGGCUCGCAUGGCCGUGACACCAGAGGCAUCUUCCGGGUGCACCAGUUUGAAAAGAUUGAGCAGUUUGUCUACGCGUCGCCUCAUGAUAACAAAUCGUGGGAGAUGUUUGAUGAAAUGAUCGCAACUGCUGAGGAGUUCUACCAGUCGCUGGGCAUUCCUUACCACAUCGUCAAUAUUGUCUCAGGCUCCCUGAACCACGCUGCCAGUAAGAAGCUGGACCUCGAGGCUUGGUUCCCAGGGUCGGGUGCCUUCCGGGAGCUGGUCUCCUGCUCCAACUGCACAGACUACCAGGCCCGUCGCCUGCGGAUCCGCUAUGGGCAGACCAAGAAAAUGAUGGACAAAGUGGAGUUUGUCCAUAUGCUAAAUGCUACUAUGUGUGCCACGACCCGCACGAUCUGUGCCAUCCUGGAGAACUACCAGACACAGGACGGCAUCGUCAUACCAGAGAAACUGAAGAGUUUCAUGCCACCAGGGCUGAAGGAAAUGAUCCCCUUUGUGAAACCUGCUCCCAUUGACCAGGAACCUUUUAAGAAACAGAAGAAGCAGCAGGAAGGAAGCAAAAAGAAACCAGCUGGUGGCGAUAGCGUCCUGGAAGGGCGAAUGCAGAACAUGGGCGUAAACGACGCCUAAACCCAGCUCCCCCGUCAGCUCCCCAAGGCAGCGCAGUCUGGUGUGAGGACCCCAGGGCUGGGAGCCGGGCUCCUGGGUUCCAGUCUCAGCUUGGUCACCAGCUGACUGCGUGACCCAGGGCAAAUCACUCCCCUCUGCUUCGUGUCCCCCGCUGGAGCGUGGGAUGGCACUCAACUCCCCUGCCUCGCAGGGUGUUGAGGCUCCAGCACCUGGAAGGUGGAAAGCACUCACAGUGCCAGCUGGUAUUCUCCCCAUCAGCCAUGUCCCUUCAAUUGUGUUCGGCAGCCUGUGGAAAGGGUUUUCUGGGGGGCCCCUAGCUGGGAACCUGGGUGGGGCAAAGUGCUGAUGUCCUGUUCAUGCUCUCAGCAGCCCCCACCCCCCACCUGAACCCCAAGGGUAAGGAGUUGAGAAGGGAAAAACCAAGCGGGGCUCCUGUUACGUAUGUGAUUUUACUGUACCCAUAGUCUCUUUGCAUGGAGGUAGGAUUGUCUCUGAAUCAAUUCUGUGUAAUAAAGCAAUGUAGGGAGACAGCUGGCACGGGCUCCUCA